AUGAUACCAACCUCGAUAUGUACAUACCUAACGACCUUCGCUGCCCUGGCGUCAACGGCGCACGCUAUACCGCAAGGCGGUGAUAGCGGCUGGUACACGUCCUCGGCCGUCGUCGCCGCCGCGAGCAGCACCGCGACCGCCGCCGCAUCGUCGUCGACGACGGCCUGCAACAACUCCCCGGACCUCUGCAGCCGCGCCUAUAACAAGAUAACGCACAUGGGCGCACACGACUCGGCCUUCCUGCGGGACGACAGUACGUCGAACUCGGUGGCGGGCAACCAAUACUACAACGCCACAAAGGCCCUCGACGCGGGCCUGCGGCUACUACAAGCACAAGUUCACGACUUGAAUGGUGCCAUCGAGCUCUGCCACACGAGCUGCGACCUCCUGGACGCGGGGCCGCUGCAGGACUGGCUAGGCGGCAUCAAGACGUGGAUGGACGCCAACGCCAACGAGGUCGUCACGCUCCUCCUCGUCAACUCGGACGGCCAGUCCGCGUCCGACUUCGGCGCCGUGUUCGCCGGGUCCGGCAUCGACGCCUACGGAUACACGCCCACCUCGUCCUCUUCCUCUUCCUCUUCUUCCUGGCCGACGCUGCAGACCAUGAUCACGGCCAACACGCGGCUCGUGACCUUCGUCGCGAGCAUCACGGCCGACAGCACAUACCCAUACCUACUAUCCGAGUUCGACCACGUUUUCGAGACCGCAUUCGAAGUCACAUCACUCACAGGCUUCAACUGCACGCUCGACCGCCCAUCCUCGCAAUCCUCAGCCGCAUCCGCCAUAACAGCCGGUCUAAUGCCGCUGAUGAACCACUUCGCCGACAGCCUGCUGGCGACCUCCAUCAUGAUCCCCGACGUCGACGACAUCGCAACGACGAACAGCCCGUCCACCUCCCAGACGGGCGCGCUGGGCCUGCACGCGCAGACCUGCGCCUCGCAGUGGGGCGUCAACCCGACGUUUGUGCUGGUGGAUUUCUUUAAUGAGGGCCCGGCUAUCGAUACGGCGGAUAGUCUGAAUGGCGUCACGCAGGCGACGGGCCGCGAGACGGUGGGUGCUGGGGCGGCGGAUGCUGCGACGACGACGAAUGAGGGGGCCGGCGGCCGUGGUGGGAAGGUGGGGGGCACGGGUGCGCUGGUUGCGUUCUUGGUGGCGGCGCUGUUGCUUGCUUAG